GGCCUCUCUCCCUCGUAACAAGCACAAGCACAAGCACUUUGCCUUAAAAUUGCUUCUUUCCUCUGGAAUAAGAGGAACCUCGUACAAUCUUGAAAUUCAGAAAUAUAAAUUUUCAAAUCUUCAGUAUGUUUAUUUCUUUCCGAAGAUUAAAAUGUUCACAAAUUUAAAUUAAGUUUGUGAUUUCAAAUCGACAAUUUCAUAAAGAUUGACAUGGCUGAAAGACAGUUGAACGAGCCGCAGCAUGAUGCACAAUUGCAGUCUCCUCCUACAACGAAGGAGGACAUGAUCUCUUACGUGGUAGCAUUGGAGGCUGCUUUGCUACCAUGCUUACCUGCAAGAGAGCUCCAAGCAAUCGACCGUUCUCCGCAUCCUUCUCACCAGAUUGAUGUGGAGAGACACGCUAGAGAUUUUAUGGAGGCGGCCAAAAAGCUUCAGCUCUAUUUUAUUGGUUUACAACGUGAUGAUCAGCCCACCAGAGCAGAAACCCUUCAGAAGGAGAUUGCUACGAUGGACGAAGAGUUGAAAUUAAAGACUGAGCUUAUCAAUAAGCAAGAGAGACUGAUUCAAGGGUGGAAGGAGGAGUUGAAAGAGCAACUGCACAAACACAAAACUGAGUUGGAAAGAGUGUAACUACAAAAAAAUGCCUCAACGCUGAUAGAACCAUUGAUUUCUAAUUUCAUAACUUACUGGUGUAUUUUCAACUCAAGUAUUUGUUACUACUGAAAUUGUAAUCUCAAAUUUAUUCGUUUGACAGGAUUUUUGAAAAGUUAAAAGCUGCUUCUAAAAUUAAAAACGAUUUUGAACA